AUGAACACUCUUCAAUGGGUCUGCUCAAGGCAGUGGCCAUGGAACGCCCCCUAUGCUGGUGCCAGCUUGCCGUCUCGCUCGCCCUCGAGGCCAGCUGACCCAUCUUUUGAUGAUAUUGCAACGCAGUUUCAGGCACAGGAAGACGAGAUUCGACAACUACGUACUCAGCUCCAGCAGAUGACGGUGGAAUUGACUGCUGUUCGUACCAGAGUUACCAGCCUCAUCAACAACGAAAGCCGGUUGACUGUGGAAUUGACUAAUACCCGAGCCAGAGUUGCUGAACUCGUCACGAAAGACCGCAACCAUAUUUCUCACAUUCGAGGUUUGGAGAACGUGAACCGCAAACUCGGGAACGUGAACGCCAGUCUUCAAGGAGCAGGGGCCGAAAAUGCUCGACUUCACACCACGAUUCGAAAUGAGAGAGCAACCAAUAGCCGGCUCCAAGAUUCGCUCACGAGGGAAAAUGCUGCAGCUGCGAGCCUUCGACAAAAUAACAUGCAGCUGAGCCAGUCGAACAAUGAACUAAGCAGGAGGUAUGUCGCCAUUGAAACCCGGCAUCAAGAAGCGCUGUUUGAGCUGGAGCAUCUCAAAUGUGUCGAAAAGGUCGAGAUUGACCGAACAGAGAUGCCACUUGUGCCACAGUCCUUUGUGGUGGUGCUUGUCGAUGGUGAUGCGUACGGGUGGGCUGCUACGCUAUUCAACGAUGGCCACAACGCGGGUGCUCUUGCUGCAACGCGAUUGCGCAAUGCUGUUGACCAUUUCGUUUCGAGGCGCCCCGAUAUUAGUCCUGGCGCGAAGAUCAUUGCACGUGUCUUCGUCAACGAGCAUGGAGACGUUCAACGAUUCCGAAACUUUGGCAGACACCUCCAAAAAUCCAUGUGGCUUUUCAAAAGACAUUUCACCGAAGCCCUGCCGCUGUUCGAUUUCUUCGAUUGCGGUCAAGGCAAAGAAAGAGCUGACUUCAAGAUCAAAGAGAACUUCCAACUCUUCCUCUCUAACCCGUACUGUCAUCAAGUCUUCCUCGCAACCUGCACAGACAAUGGGUUUGCUAGAAUGAUUGAGCCGUACCGAUACCACAUCUCAAAAACCAAGAUCACGUUGGUCUCGCCGGGGUACGUAUGUCGCGAGAUUGAGACGCUUGGAUUCAACAUUGUCAUCUGGCCAGAUGUCUUCUCGAAGAGGACUCAACCACCUGAAGUACGACAGAUAGAGGCCAAGCGCUCCGGAAGACAAGCAUCGGAAGCCGCUCACAAUAAGCGCUUGGGAUUCGAUGGCUCGCAAGCACAGUGGAUUUCGGCUUUGGUCAGGGACCUUGUCCCGGAGUCGGAGGCUUGGACGACUAAGAUUCAGAACCUCGGAUUUCAGAGAAGCGGCAAUGUUGGUGUCAGACGUCCGUUUCGCCUUAUGGCCAAACCAAUUAACUCGCUGCCGACCACAUCUGAGCAUCUGGAGCGAAUUGAGAACGAACAUUCAAUUGAUUGA